AACCUGUGUGUGCGCUGCUUCUGUUGUCUUCUGGAGGAAAAACAGAAAGAAAAUUGCAGCUUUGUGCUCAUUCCUGUCGGAGUAGAAUUAAUCAAGAGGAUGCGGAAUAUUAAGUCUAAUAUAAUCUUCACCACUGGGCUGAUAAUGGGAUUCCUCUCCCUUCGCUGUAUGCUGGACUCGAACCUUUCCACAGGACUUUUUUUUAGGGACGCCAGACAUGGAGGCAAACGCGGUUUACAGCAUGCACACCCAGGUGAGAACAGCACUGGAGCUAGUUCCUCUAAGACGAUUCGGAUCUUGUGUUGGAUCAUGACGGCGCCCAUGAACAUGGAAUCCCGCACCAAGCACAUCAAGGAAACAUGGGCCAAGCGCUGCAACGUAGUGCUGUACAUGAGCUCAGUCAAGACUGACUUCCCCACUGUGGAGUUAAAUGUGAGUGAGGGGAGGGACAACCUUUACUGGAAGACCAUCCGAGCCUUUCAGUACAUCUACCAGCACCACCUGGAUGAAGCAGACUGGUUCCUAAAGGCAGACGAUGACACGUUUGUGGUCAUAGAGAAUCUUCGCUACAUCUUGUCCAAAUAUGAUACAGAGAAGCCUUUGUACCUGGGCAGAAGGUUUGCCCCUUUUAUCAGUCAAGGCUACAUGAGUGGAGGAGCAGGUUAUGUUCUCAGUAAGGAAGCACUAAGAAGAUUUAUCAAAGGGUUUGACACCGGAGAAUGCACCCACUUCUCUGACAUUGAGGACAUGGCUCUGGGGAAAUGUAUGGAGACAAUGAAAGUGGAACCAGCAGACUCCAGAGAUGUUAAAGGGAGACAAACAUUUCACCCUUUCCCUCCAAACCGUUACCUAGCCAGACAGUUCCCAAGGCCACGACCUUGGUUUCUGCUUUAUGAGCACUACACUCCAGCAGAGGGUCCAGACUGCUGCUCAGAUUUUGUUGUGUCCUUUCACUACAUAUAUGCUGUCCAGCUGUAUGCUUUGGAGUACCUGACGUACCAUCUGCGGCCAUAUGGAUACAAAUAUAGAUUUGAUCCAGAUGAAAAAAUAGCAUUUAAUACCACAACUAAAUCUAUGUAAAGUGUUUGUGUCUGCACUACAACCUCUGCAUUAAUUGGAGGAGAGGUCGAGGGUAUCCACAGGUUUCAAAGCCAAGCUUAACUUAUUUACAAUAUUAUAUUUAAUCUUUAUAUAAAAAUCUUUGAUGUAAGGCUUUUCAGGGGUAAAGACCUGGCAACACCCUCCGCCUGUUCAGGUAUUCUUGCCAAGGUCUGAUUUCAACUGUGAAAACUGUGUUCAUGUUGUUUGGGGGUGUGAGUGUUUACUAAUCUGUCUCAUUGUGUGUAAUAAGAAAAGAAACAAAUUUUAAGAUGGUGCAGACCCUCAA